AUGCCGACUCCUGGCGAUACAUCUUCUGAUUAUUUCGACGACGACCCCAACUUCUUGCAAGCCUUGCACGAUGCUGUUCUUGACGGAGAUCUUGAUCCUUCUGUUCCAGUGCAGCAAACACGGUCUAUCAGUCCUAUAGACGUGGACGAGUUUGAGAUGCCUCCCCCAGCGCAACCGUCGUUGAAGCGACCGCGGUCUCCUGCGGAGGACCUUGAAGGCUCAACAUUUCACCAGAUUAUCGACUCUGUGGCUGCCUCAGCGGAUAGUACUUCGUAUCUGUCCUCGCAUACUUAUGGAGCCUCACGUUUUGGGGAUUUUGGUGAAUACAUGGCACGAAAACGUGCCAAACUGCAAAUUCAGAAUACCGAAAUGAUCGAUGAAGACAACGACUCCUCUCCGACGGCCACAAUUUUUCGUGGUUUGCAAGUAUAUAUCAACGGCUGGACAGAACCAUCGGUGCAGGAAUUGCGCGAGCUCAUUAUACAGCAUGGGGGAAUAUACCACGCAUAUUUAGACAAAAAGAGUCUGGUUACCCAUAUUUUGACAUGUUCGCUGACACCUGCAAAGAUACGUGAGUUCAAACACAUGAAGGUAGUUCGCCCAGAGUGGCUGGUAGAAAGUGCCCGGGCCGGCCAUUUGCUUCCAUGGCAAGAUUUCAUCUUCAGACCAGGUGAACGAACUGAACAGUCGCAAGGCAAAAGAAUAGGACAACAGUCCUUGUUUGAUAAAUUUGUCUCCCAAGCCCGAGUGAGACCUUCAGAAGCGAAGGCGCCCCCUGUCGCCACACAACGUGCACCAAGUAAUGUUCAAGAUGAUGAUGAUUCCGUGGAAGGUCCCCCUACAGUGCCACUUUACGGGCGGUCGCCGUCGAUUACACCACCCCAAACGCCGACGAAGGAAAGGCAGCCUCAUAUAUCAAAGCCUCUUUUCACAACGGAUCCUACAACGCCUGAACACGCUUCACGAGUUGUUGGAUAUGCGGCACACACAUCCAACCCCAUCGCAGAGCGAGCAAUGGCAAAUCCAGCUUGGCGCGCAGCGCAUACGUCUGCCGCGCCAGAUUUUAUUGAAGGGUAUUACAAGAACUCGCGCUUACACCACCUCUCCACGUGGAAGGCAGAGCUAAAGAAUCUCGUUGCCGAGGCGCAGGAGCACAUCGAGAACGGAACUGUGUCCUCAUGGAAUCAUCUUCCGGAUGGCACAGAGACCGCUGUGGGUAAGAUUAUGCAGCAGAACAUCGGUGGGUUAGGACGUGAUGACCCUCGUGAGGAGGAUGUCAGCAUGAGAGGUGCACACUUGGUAGCAGGACCGUCAAAUAAGGUGAAGGGAAAAGAGCGCGCUGCCGCCGCUGAGCAAUCAGUGAUCAUGCACUGUGAUUUUGAUAGUUUCUUCGUAUCGGCUGGUUUGCUCGACCGUCCCCAUUUGCGUGGAAAGCCUGUCGUGGUAUGUCAUUCGCAAGGAAAUCAAGGUGGAGGAGCGAGCACAAGCGAGAUUGCUAGUGCAAGCUAUGAGGCGAGAAAGUUCGGAAUCAAGAGCGGUAUGAGUUUGCAGCAAGCGCGUAGACUCUGUCCCACUGUACUGACCAUUCCUUAUGAGUUUCAGAGAUAUAAGAAAUUGUCUUUACAAUGCUACACGGUUCUGAUGGCGCAUGCCGAUGAUCUACAAGCUGUUUCAGUAGAUGAAGCACUCAUAGACGUCACCAGCAGUGUCGCGCGCAUUCGCAGAGAGAUCAGCCGCAGUCAAGAUCCCAGUUCGUCUCCCGUAGAUCCUGCCAAAGAAUUUGCCGAAGCCAUUCGGGCGCAGGUGAAGAAAGUGACUGGAUGCGAAGUAAGCGUAGGGAUCUCGUAUAACAUUAUGCUCGCUCGCCUUGCGAGCCGCAAGGCUAAGCCAGCCGGGUCUUUUCAUAUCAUUCCGGAUGAUGUUCCAGAAUUGCUGGCGCCAUUAGAUAUCGACGAUCUGCACGGGUUUGGGUACGCGGCGCGCCAGAAAGCCCUAGAGAAGCUGGGAGCUACAAAGCUUGGGGAAUUAGUGAAGAAGAGCAAAGCAACUCUAUGUGAGGCACUUGGAAAAGGGAUGGGCGAGACCCUAUAUAAGGCUCUUCGAGGUGUCGACGAGCGCAAGCUCGAGUCGGAUAAGCCGCGCAAAUCGGUGUCUUGCGAUAUCAACUAUGGAAUACGGUUCGAGAACAACGAACAAGCCGAAGCGUUCAUAUCUCAAAUGGCUGAAGAAGUCGCACGACGGCUCAAUAAUAUCGGUAUGAUUGGACGAUCGUUGACGUUGAAAAUUAUGAAGCGGGCUGCUGAUGCCCCUGUUGAGGCACCGAAGUUCCUUGGCCAUGGUAUCUGCGAUACAUUUAACAAACAAACACCCCUAAUUGCUCCUGGUAGUCGCGCCACCAGUGAUAGGAAAGUCAUUGGUGAACAUGCCUGGAGGCUCUUAAAGAGCUUUCAUUUUGACCCCAAAGAACUGCGCGGUAUCAGCAUACAAAUCCAGAAACUGGAAAAGAAUUCUGAAGUGUCCGCUACUGAGUCCGGACAAGCCGUCUUGCCAUUUAAACCCAAGUCAGUUCCAGAUACCAAAGAUGCACCGAUCGAUCCCGUGCCUGUUCAAGAUCGUCGUCGGGAACCCGGGAUCGUCGUCGAGCCACCUUCACAGGAGCUAGAUGCGAUUCAGCUAGCUCCAUCUCCUGAUCGACCUGUGGCACAGGCGGUACUGGACCUUCCCUCAUUUUCUCAGGUUGACAUGUCGGUAUUUCAGGCCCUGCCUGACGAUGUGCGCAAGGAGCUGGAGACAGAGUAUCAUCGUAGGUCUAUAACACCUGGGUUGCAAACAGACCGUGUAUCCCGUAGUCGCUCGCCUUCUGUCGCGGUGGAUCCCAAGUUCAAGAUUACGGUGAAGGGCGCGAACGUGAAGCGGAUUACGCAACAGCUAGCGCCGCGGAGCAGACCUAGUAUCUCGCCCAAGAAGAACACGCUAUUCGCGAAACGGAGCGGGUCGUCUGCGAUACACGUGUCGGAAUGGGAGUUACGGAAGUUGAAUAUCGAUCCGGGUGUGUUUGCGAUGCUGCCUGUGGAUGUGCAGAAGGAACAGCUUGCGGCGGCGCGUGGGGGCGAGAGGCCUGGGGCGUCUGUCUAUGUUGGAGAACGGAAGGUGCUGAAACCUAGCAGCAAAGUGUCGUCGUCGUUCGUGCCGUACCGGGCGCCCCCGCCGCAGGCAAAGUACCUGCAGCCUCCGUUUCUGAAGCAACAGGGCAAGGUCAAGGGAGAGAAGCUCUACUUCACUGAAACCGACGACGUCCAGCGAGUGAUUGAGACAUGGGUGGACGGAUUCAAGGAAUUCCCUCCUAAUCAGAAAGACGUGGACUACUUUGCGAAGUUUUUGGUCCAAUGCGUGGAUAGCUCAAGGUCGAGCGACACGGGAGUCGAAAAGGCUGUGGCUGUCGUGAAAUGGUGGCGAGUGCUACUCAGACGACACUUUGCGGUUUGGGAACAUGCGGCGGACGAUGUUCCUGAGGUCGGGAAUAAAGUCACUUCGGAGCGCGUGGGGUGUGCUUGGUGGGCUGCCUUUCGGGAGGUGAAGGCCAAGAUGGACGCCGUGGCAAGGAAAAAAUUCGGGGGGUCUCUUUCGUUGAAAUAA